AUGGCCACAGUUCAGGAUGUCAGAACCGUGACGAGCACCGUUGAAAGUCGCGAAUUGCAGCUCAAGAAUGUCGAUGUUACGCCAAGAACAGGUCUUGGCUUGUCAUUGAACGGUACGGAGGUGGCCACGGCAGCCAGAGCAUCGAGUCUUGGAGGCCAAAAAGCACACUCCAUGGUUUUCCAGGCUCUAAAGGACCGUGUCAACAGUGUUAAUCAAGAGGUGUGCGAAGCAGGCGAGGAAAAUUCGUUUUUCGUUUGCGAUUUGGGCGAAGUAGAACGGCUGUACGCCCAUUGGCAUGCGAAAAUUCCCCGGGUGCAUCCAUUCUACGCGGUGAAGUCCAAUCCGAACCCCAAGGUGCUCGAAUUGCUCGCCCAGAUGGGUGCGAAUUUCGAUUGCGCUUCCAAAUCUGAAAUCGAAAUGGUGUUAAACUUGGGCGUGAAUGCGUCACGGAUCAUCUACGCCAACCCGUGUAAGGCUUCGUCGUUCAUUCGUUUUGCGAAGAACAAAGACGUGCGGAAAUCGACGUUCGACAACGUCGAGGAGUUGGCCAAAAUCAAGAAAUACCAUCCUGAAUCAGAACUGCUGCUCCGUAUAGCAACCGACGACUCCACUGCCAAAUGUAGGCUGUCUACGAAAUACGGAUGCGAAAUGGAGAACGUGGAUCGGCUUUUGGCCAGGGUCAAGGAAAUGGGGCUCAACUUGGUCGGUGUAUCUUUCCACAUAGGAUCCGGUGCUUCGGACUUCAGCACUUUCUAUAAGGCCGUUCGUGAUGCCCGCGAAGUGUUUGAUCGUGCCAAAAGCUCGUUUGGGUUUCCAAACGUCCAUGUGUUGGAUGUAGGUGGAGGAUUCCAUCUCGAUACUUUUGACGAGUCCAGCCGCGCCUUGAACAUGGCGCUUGACGAGUUUUUCCCUCCCACGGACGACGUCACCUUGAUUGCCGAGCCUGGUAGAUUUUUCGCCGCUUCGCCCUUCACACUGGCGUGUCACGUCAUUGCCAAGCGCGCCCACAACGAUAAGGAAUCCAUGUUGUACAUCAAUGAUGGCGUGUACGGCAACAUGAAUUGUAUUUUGUUUGACCACCAGGAACCUAUGCCCAAGGUGCUUUACCAUGAUCAACAGUUCCACUACUGGGAAGAAAAGCCGUCAACCUCAUCCGUGAGCUCCCUACACUGUCCGCUGAAAGUCUCGAUUUGGGGACCCACCUGCGAUGGACUGGACUGUGUCACCAAGGAGUAUUAUUUCAAACAUGACAUGGUCGUGGGCGAUUGGUUAUAUUUCACAGCUCUGGGCGCCUACACUUCUUCUGCAGCGACACAGUUCAACGGUUUCGAGCAAGCAGUUGAUGUUUUAUACAUAAACUCUGCGAAUGAGCUGUGA